AUGGCCAAUGCUACGAGUCCUGGUGGUGGCUAUCGAAAAGGAGAUGGAGCACAGGAAGAGAAUAUUUUCCGUCGUUCGGAUUACUAUCAGAGUCUUGAUGGUGAGUUAGCUGAUACUGAUCGAUCAGAACGGAUUUUUUGUACAUCAAAAUGUGAAUUGAAACCAUUCGCUGGUUAUGGAGGCUUAUAUCCGAUUCCAGAAUUUGGAGCAAUUUAUACCUCUGGUAUCACUGUAUUUCGUCAGACUGAAACGAAUGGCCACCACAUAGGUGAAGCAACGCUAUCCCAUGCUGGCUCAAAUGGUAUUUAUAAUCAUGAAAAAAUUUCGUAUCAAUUCAACAAGAGAGAUUUAGAUUUAUCAAGAAUCGAUUAUAUUCAUGUCAGUGCGGGGUCUCAAAAUGUCCCCAUUCGUCGUUUAAGAAUCAGUCAUGAAUCUGCACCAGAACUUCAUCCAUCAUUUGACAAAGAUUUUCGAAUUGAUACAUCGAACUUGAUGAAAAUGCAUCGAUCAUCGGUUCCUUAUACCGCUCCCCUUCCUCCUACCACACCUCGGACCAGUACCUCGAGGCCCAGUCGUGAACGAUCUCGAGUUGCGACUGAUGUCGGACCACAAGAGAGAAGAAGUCGAGCUGCGUCCGCUGGAGCAACAGCAAAACCACGCAAACCAUCGAUUUUCCGAAGGGUUAUCAAUGCUAUAUUUAGUUCUCUCACGGACGACGAACCGCCGAAAUCAAAUCCAGCCAGAUCCAGCUCAGUUUCUGCUGCCGCUUCCUCAAAUUCAGGAGAGAUGUCUUCACCAAAACUUCCACCUUGCAGUGAAUCAGUCUACUGUCUUCGACAACAGAUUCGAGAUCAUACCAAGAAAUAUUCUCAUCCAUGCCGUUUCAAUGAACUUUGUCGAAAUAAAGCUCAUGAAUCCCAUCUCGUUCAUGAAAAUCAUAAAGUCUCUAAAUGUCCCAAUGACGUGAAUUGUUCUGAACGAACGAAUCCUGUGCAUCGGGCCAAAUAUCGUCACACUGAUCUACCUGAUUAUCUUAUUCCAUGUCGUUAUCAAGAAGAAUGCUAUGAUAGAUCCAAACAACAUCGAAUGAAAUUUUUCCAUGGCGAAGAAUUACCAAAAAUCGAAAAAAGCAAAACAUUGGUAAAUCCUCAUGCCGGUGGUCACGAAUAUGGUGGAACACAACAACGUCUGUCUCAAUUAUUAGAUGAAGAAUAA